AUGCAGUCCAUGCCAUUACUACUUCGGCAAUCCAUCCGCUCAACUCUACAAAUCACACGCUCAACAUCCAGACCAUUGCAAGCAAAAUUCCGACCGACACCGCCGAGCUCUUUUCCCGCUGUCCCGACGCGGAACUUCUCAAUCUGCCUCCAAUGCCGGUUCCGCCGACAGUCGGGACUAUACUCAGCAUACGAUGAUAAAGGGAAGCCAAGCAAUGAUGCGGAGAGACUGCACCAGGCUAUAAAGGAGGCUUCCUCAGACGCGAUUCCCAUCCCGGAGACUGGGACCGUUGGCAAGGAACCUCCGCUGGAUACCUCUGCGGUAGAGGUCGAUCGCGCCGCGGAGCAGGGGACAUCUCAGGAGGUUGAGAAGGAGUCAAUUUAUAGGACGGAGUCGGAACAAGCAAACAGCCAGGGGACUGGUGCCGAUGGUGCUCGGAGCGGCGGACUCCCGUCGUAUCUGGAGAGUCGUCGGUCACAGGUGUCGAAGCAAUUCACGACUAUGAUGGAUAAUAUCCAGUCCAAUGUAUUUGUGGCUGGACAACGUCUAAACGACCUGACGGGUUACUCUGGGAUCGAAGCUUUGAAAAACGAGAUACACAGCCAAGAGGAACGACUCCGAGCCGCCAGAUCAAACGUUCGAAAAGCCAAGGACGAAUACUCAGCCGCUAUCACCCGUCGCUCGACCUCCCAGCGCGAAGUCAAUGAGCUUCUCCAGCGCAAACACGCUUGGUCCCCAACAGACCUGGAGCGAUUCACCCUUCUCUACCGAAACGACCAUACCAAUGAGGUUGCCGAGGCGGAAACGCAAGAAGCCCUCUCUGCCGCCGAGCGCGAGGCCGAAGAGGCGGCCGCUUCAUUGAGCAAGAGCAUUCUAUCCCGUUACCACGAGGAGCAGGUGUGGUCUGAUAAGAUCCGCCGCAUGAGUACCUGGGGAACCUGGGGUCUUAUGGGCGUCAACGUCCUGCUUUUCCUGAUAUUCCAGAUUGCUGUGGAGCCUUGGCGCCGGCGCCGACUAGUCAAGGGCUUCGAGGAUAAGGUUGUUGAGGCUAUCGAGAAGGAGAAGGCGUUGAUUCGUACCGAGAUUGCUGAAGGCACUACACCCGCCUUCGCUGCCCUGGCCUCGGCUACUCCCGAACAGGUUGAUUCUGCGAUCGAAUCUUCUAUCUCUUCCCUUGAGACCUCCACUACCGAGGAGCCAGCGAAGCCAAUAGUGGAGAGUAGUAACACAGCUGCGCUUGUGUCUGAGACACCACCCACGACUACUCCCGAGUCUCUAUCCUCCCGUCUUUCUAAUAUCUCCUCCUCGCCCCUAUCCCUUGAAUACUGGCAGACCGCUUUCAAUGAGCUCUUCAGCGAGCGCAGCGUUUCUACUUCACAACGUGAUCUUACCGUCGCUGCUAUUCAAAGUGCCGCAGCCGGCGCAGCCGUGAUGGGCCUGGUGCUUGCUUUGGUGAAUCCCCGAUAA